CCGUGUGAUGCUAUUGUUUUCUCGUGCCAUGCGUCCUACUCAAAGCUAGUGUUGUGAAUUAUGUUUUCUGGUAAAUGUUUCACUGUACUGAACGUAUGGUUGUCUAUCAGACUGAGUGUAUUUAGUGGGUAGUGGGAGUGUAUACUGAGUGGUGUGUGGCAAGGAGGAUAAAGCGAUGCAGUUCGUUCAUCGGUAGUGCAUAUAUGUGAUGCAAUCGCAACGCGUUGGUAGCGGUCCUAUCGACAGGAUACACGCUGCACUUUGUUGUCUCAUGUUUCGGACAAAAGGUGCGCAAAACAUGUUCUGGUUAGUGCAUUUUGUGUAUCUAUCACGUGUGAAUUAAUACCUCAAGAAUCCGGUACUGCAUUCAGUUGCAAAAGUCAGCGUCGAACGAGGCUGUGCCGGAUGUAGAUAAAAUUCGGCACACAUCAGCAAAUGAUGAUCGAGUUGGAAGACAUUCGAGAUAUUUACAUUGACAACAGGCGCUUCAAGACGCAGCCUAAGAAUCUCAGGACGCGGCAAUAGUAAACCCGCCGCAGCAUAAUCCCCCGGACGAACGACAAACUCAGCCCAGCCAAAAAGUUCCGGGCGACGAGCUAAUCAUGACGUCAUAGCAGGUGAACCGAUUCCAAUCAGCACGUUCUUCGCCCAGCACUGGUGGGGGAGUGUGUACACGCAGUUUUAAAAAUUAGGACAUCGUGUACGUCAUCAAUCGAUGGUCCAUAUUCAAGUCGACCGAGUGCCACCAAAAAAAAAACACGAAACUGCAAAUGCAUGCCCAGGACAGCAAACGGGGCUGCUCUGUUGUGCCAAAAAGUGUUUGGUGAAUGAGAAAACCCAAGGGUCCGUUGAGGUAGUUUCCGUCACAAUGUGCCGAACCGCAGCGGUUGUAAUGAUAUUAAUUAAUAGUUGCGGUUGGCAGUGAUCAUCCCUCUGGUAGCAGCAGCAGCAGCAGCAUCAUGAUUGGUGAUGAUGAUGAGCAUGUGCUGCAGCGGCCUCGUGUACGCAAGCCGGCCAACUUGGCGCGCUAAAUCGUAAAAACCGAAGUCGAACGGUAUCGCGAGAGCAUCGCUCCAACCCGAAGUGUCACGAUUGUGGAUAGCAGCAAGGACCGGUGGUCAAUUCGAACUACUUCCGAGAGAUAGAGAGUGCGACGGGACCACCCUUUACGGCGUGUUUCUUACGACGACGAUAGGAGAGCCAGCAAGUGUUGGGAUUUUUUGUAGCACAUUAGCAGCAGCAGCCCCAACAGCCCCACCAGAGAGUGAGAGAGCGUACUGCUAUCCGACGCCGGGUCCCAGGGUAAAUCAACAUCCCCUAUAACACCCGGGCAAAAGGGAGGAUUUAUGUGCUGCUCACCACACCGAGCACAGUGUGAAUGAAAUCGCGGGAAAACCGAAGCACCCAACACACCCCAACACACACACACACAAGUACGAUACGCAUCGACCGCGCGCGGUUCCACGGUGCACAACACAAUCGCGAAUAAAAUUACCGAACGCCGUGCGGUGCUCCAUCAGUACGUAUUCGGUCGCGACUCGGUCCGCAGCGCCACAGAUCCAUUCAAAGAUUGCCCGGAGAGAGGGUUUUCGGUCGAGUAGCAGCACUGUCUAUAUUGCUUCGCUCACCACAGUUUGCUCGGAGGCAGCACCGCGAUAAAGGGACCGUCCACCGUCCGCAGUUCUCCACGGACGACACAUCAGUACGACUUGGGCUAGCGUAGCGAUAAGUAAGGGCGACCAACCAACAGUAGUGUGUCCCUUGAAACUAAUCGCGGGCAAAAGAAAAGAAAUUGCUCCGAUCGCAACAAACUACAGCUACGAGCCGAAUUUGCGAGCAAGAUACUUCGAUCGUGCAAUAUUCGCGGUCGCUUGUUACACGAGAACGUGGUUUGUAAGAUUAUUCGAGAAGCGGCACAUCAAGUGGUAGCGGUUUUGAGCGGAAUUGCUACGAUUAGCUGGCCGGUGAAACUGUUACAUACCGUCGUGAAGGGGGAGCAGUACUCACAGAUCAGUGUAGCAAAUUAGAGUGCAAUUAGUGAAGUCGUGACGUGAAGUUGGCAUACUCGGAAGCGGUUAAGAGAGAGAGCGAAGAUACACAUAAGCAGUGCUGUGUACGUGUGUUUGCAGGUGUUCCGCCGCGACACGGUUGUAGCUUUUCUUUCUACCACGCGGUUUCGAAUGCGUGAUUACUAAUCGCACAACAACUGCCCGAUCAAAGCAAUCUACUACUGCAAGAGCGCGCGUGGUGUGUGUUGGCGCUCUAUCGUAGUUGGCUGUUUAGUGUGUUCAAAAGCAACAACAACAAAAAUCGUUGCCCUACCAGACGAGACCGGUGCGGGUUCGUUUGGAAGAUCGGCGUUUAGGUGUUUGUUAAGUGGAGCGGAAAAUCGGUUAUACAAAAUCACAAAAUGAAGGAUAUCUACAGUAAGGGAAAUCUGCUGCACAAGGACGCCAUCUACAAGGAUGUGGUCAUUAUUGGCAAUGGACCAAGCGGUAUAUCACUGUCGUACAUGCUGGCCGGCCACUGGCCCUACUGGUUACCGGAGAAGGCGGAGAAGCAUCCGGAUGAGCUGCUGCGGGCACGGCUAAAUUAUUACGACUCCAAGAAAAGUUUGGUCGAGCACGAUCUGUUCAGUUUGGCCGAUGGGCUGGAAGGACGUAGCACAAAUCCUGUCUCUCUGCUGUUGGACAGUUUGCAGCAUCCGUGCGCAGAUUUGGGAAUGGAUCUACCAUCGAUGGUCGAGUACCGGUAUCAUCCCGAAAAGGAGAUUGACCAUCUCGUGCUGGGACGUGGACCACCUGGCGGUUCCUGGCAUCGGAUGGAUCCGAACCUGCGUACCCUUUCGCUGGCCGCCUGGAUGUCACUGCCCGGUUUGCCGUUCGCCGAAUGGGAAUCACGCCAUCCGCCAACGGUGGAAGCUGCUGCUGCCGAAUCGCCGGUUGUUCAACCGCUGUGCGCUAGGUGUAGCGAGCUGGCAAAGCGCACCAAGCGUAACGGACAGAAAGUGCCCUUAAGCAGGUGUAGCAAAUGUUAUCGCAACGGAACGCACACGGACGGAAACAAUAACACGGGCGGUGCGGAAGCCAAUGCGGUCCCGCGGGAACAGCAGCACGGUGACGGUGGCAAUGUGGUGGCCGUGCUGGACGAACGCAGCGGCAAGGUGAGCGUGAAGUUGCUCUGUCCGCCGCGACGAAAUCUUUCGCUGAAGCGGCAAGUUUCGAAGGAGGUCGAAACGCGCGCCCUAAUAUCGAGCGUCGCCCAGUACUACGAAAGCUACGUGACGGAGAUGGGUUUGGCGCGGUACUUUAUGAACGACACGAUCGUGACGACGGUGGUGCCGUUGGAUGGGAAGUGUGAGGCGUCCGGUCUUCCGGAACGCUUCCGGAACGGGCGAUGGAUCGUUGCUGGAUUUAACCGAACGACAAACAAACGGUUUACGGUGGUGUGUAACAAUCUUGUGCUAGCGAAUGGUGCUUCCGAUCUCGCCAACCGGUUGGGCGUUAAGGGAGAAGGUUUGGAGAUGCCUUGGGUAAAGUACGAACUGCCCCAUCUUGAGCGUGCGUUGGAAAGGUACGAUGAUCACGGACGCACGCAGCUGAAGCCGGUGUUGAUCGUUGGUGCUGGGCUGAGCGCAGCCGAUGCCGUCACCAUUUGUCGAUCUUCCGGCAUUCCUGUGGUGCACGUGUACCGUAGCCGAACGGCCGGAUUGGAUAAGAUGCUACCCGGGAACGUUUAUCCCGAGUACCACGAGGUGCACAAAAUGAUGAAGGAUUCUAACCGGAAGCAUGAACUGUACACUCCGCUACCCGAACACACGAUAGUGGAUCUUGCGAUCGGUGGAGAUUCACGGCGCGUUACAGUACAACACCUAAAGACGGGCGAGCGGCGUGAGCUGGAUGUGUCGUACUGCGCCAUACUGAUCGGAUCACGGCCCGAUCUACGAUUCAUCUCGUCGAUAACCAAAGGUACGAACCAAACGUCGGACGCACCAUGCCCACCGGUGGUCCUCAUUCCCUGCCCCGAUUCGGAAACGGAGGAUGAAACGGCCCUGAACCAUUGCUUCGGCCGCCAACCCGUCCAACCGCUCACGAUGUGGAUGUUUACGGAGCAGCUGCUUUCCUCGUGUCUCGGCCGGAAGCUGUACUGGCUGAAGAACAUGUGUGCCAAAUGCAAACACAUCAAUCUCACCGAUAAACCUCGCCACAAGCAACGGUACAACUCGGUGCUCGGUGCGACUCACGCCGGUCACUGCCAGCAUCAGCAGGAGGAGAAACCCGCUUCGAACCUAACCGCCGCCACCGGCAUGGGACUCGGCGAGGAUCCAACGAAACCGAUCGACUGCAAAAACAAUCCGAUCGAUGUGGACAAAUACACGAACGCGGUGCUACGAACGCCACACGCCGGACUGUACGCGAUGGGACCACUGGUGGGGGACAACUUUGUGCGCUUCAUACCGGGCGGUGCACUCAGCAUUACGGCCGCACUGCACAAGCACACCGAGAACGAUUGAACGAGUGUCCGUCCUGUGGCACGGAUGGUCGAGUAAGUGUUGCGGAACGCAUUAUCGAUUGACGAUUGGGUAAUCGAUUGACGACUCCUGUUAAUUGGUGGGGGAUUUUAAUUUUGGACUACCUGUCCCGCGACCACGCCCCGGUGGUUUCAUUGUCCAAAAUAGGGUUCAAGGGGGCUCCUGAAUGUGGGCGCAAAAAUUGACAGGAUAAAUUUGUUAGCAUCAACACGGUGUGGCCCAUCAACUUUAAAGCCACCUUCAGGGCGGACUGACUGUAAUGUUGGAAGGUUCUGCCUUUUUUAGGGUGAGGUUAGGUUGGCCUGCCGUUUGCGAUGAACCCCGUUGGCGUUUGAUUCAUUUGAACGGCUUCAAACGAUUAGAAGGCGUCGAACGUCACGAUUGCAAAUUUGGUGAGCAACAAUUCUUCACCAUUAAGCGAUCAAAAAUGGAAGUGCUGUUGAUUCAGCCGUGUACAGUAUUGUUUUUUUUUUUUUUUUUGUAGCUACGCACCAUCUAAUAUGUUUUGUACGCGCUCGGGAUUUUUAAUUUUUUUUUGUUUUACUGUUGUUUGUAUCAAUCAAAGGAAGAUUGUUAGUGUGUGUUAACGCAACCGAUUGAAUAGUGCGAAUCCUUAACGGUUUUUUCUGUGUAAACGAUUUAAAAAUGAUCGCCAUUUUUAAUAAGCGACUCUUUAUGUAUCCUUUUUAAUAAUGUUGUUUCGGAAGAAAAAAAUCUACACACUGUAUCCGGGAAAGCAAUAACCCAACAUUCCCAGCCAAGUAUGCCCUACAAAUACUCUUACGAUUGCACUAAGAUCCACUCCAUGAGUUAGGAAUUGUUACUAGUACGGUACGGUACGGUUACCUCCCGAAACUAAUGCCCGAAUAAUAGCAAAAGUACAAGUUAAAACAAACAAUGGCAUGCUGUUCUGUUGCCAUCAUUCGUUCUACACAUAUUCACCAUCCACAUCCACGCUUUAAGGACGGGCGAGGCCACUCCGCCAUUUUGUUUUUAGUACACACUUAUCGGUCUGUGAUUUAGUUUCGCUUUACUGAAUAUAGAGAGUUUUUUUUGUUGUUGCUGUGUUAGAUAAUUUAUUUUCCUGCCCCAUCCUCAGCACGGUCACCAUCCCCAUGGGCCGUAUGCACAUCGAACCACACCUAUCCCCAAAUACGAUCGACAACGUAGACGAUCGAUUGGAAAUGAUAUUGCUUUACACUGACACCACACGUCCGUACACCUUUCUGACCUCACUGGUUCGUGCGUUCGCCCCCUCGCUGGGGGUGGCUGAUGACGCGUUGUUGUUGGGUUGCGUUGGAGAUAGAAGCGUUUGGAAAGUCGUGGUAACGAAAUCACGAACCACUUUCGUCCGUAGUAUCGUACUGCCAUUGUAGUUUCUUUUUUUUUUUGUUGGUCUCGUUUCUCUAUCAACACGACACACGGAACCUAAGUCUGCCUUAGCCCUCGUCGCAAUCGCUAGGAAGGGGUCGCUGUAGUGGCUGGCCUCCUAGCUCAUUGCGGCUCAUACUUUUGUAGUUGAUAAAUUCAAGUUAGCUCGCGAGAUGUACACACAAAUAUCUAUCGCAAACGUUUUGCUACUGUAGUACGCAAAAACAUACUUUGAACUUGUCUUUGAACCUCGUCUCUCAUUCGCUUGCCGUUCGUUCGUUCGAGAUAUUACUAUGUAUAUUAUUCUUAUUACUAAUAAGUCAGAACCCUCGCGCGGACUCGCGCCUCGUUGAAACACUGUAUAAUCACCGAAAACAAAGUUGUUACCGACUGCUGUGUAACCAUUGUAACGAAUGUAACAGAAUUUUAAAGUAAUGUUACGUUCGCCCCAGGUCGGUAGAGCACACCCAGGUUGGAGGUUUGCAAGUAGUAGCUGACAAGCUGACGGAGUACUAGCUGAGAGAGAAAGAGAAGGAGAGUAGUAGAGAGCGCGAGUGCGUGCGUGAAAUAUGAACAAACCUAGUAGCAAGAGGCAAACAACCUAGAGACUGAUCUUUGUACGUUUUAGAACACUAUAGUCUAGGAGCACACGGUUAGGAGUUGCGCCAUUUUCUUUCUCGCCAUAUCCUCGUAAGCCGUAGCGGUAACUGCUAUCCUUUAAUUAUUUUUACUCAAAAACCCCUUUUUCGUUUUGAAUCCAUCAACAAGCACAGUUUGUAAUAGGGGUCCGCUAUGGUCCCGGUUGGAAUGGAUGUGUGUUUGAACAAUUCAUUAACUAAAACAAGGUAGACUUAAAGUCAAAUGCAUACACGACAGCUGGCAUAGGCAACAAGCAAAGAAACCAACAAAACCUGAUACUACCAUUACUACUACUACUAUUACAACAACAACUACUACUACUACUACUACUACAACUACUAUCAUAAACUCUCGUUUAACAAUUUUGUACAUAGGUAUAACGUUACUUAAAUUGUAUGGUGCGUGCAGGUGUGCGUGUGAAAGAAUGUUUCGUAUUGCCAAUAAUCCUUUUUUCUUAUUGUAGAGAGAAAAUGAUAGCAUUAAUAGGAGGAACACACCAACACACGCACACACACGCUGGGGGGAAAACCCCGCGCAAGGAACACAACAAAAAACCCAGGAACGCAAAUCAAAAGUUGUGCGAAUCAAAAAACACACACACAUUACGUCUGUGCGUGAGAUUGUUACGUUUUAUUCUUCUUUUAUGGAAAGUUGAAAAUAUAAUGCAAAAGAAAAAACCACCAAUGAAAAA